CUCCUCUCCUACUCCCCCCUCCUCUCUGCCCCGGCUGCUCCUCCCCCUCCCCCCGCGGCGUCGGGCCGGGCGGUGUACCGGGCGUUCGAUACCUCCCUCACCCACCUGACCGUCCACCGGCGGACGGGCGAGGUGUUCGUCGGCGCCGUCAACCGAGUCCUGAAGCUGUCGUCCAAUCUGACGGAGCUGAGGAGUCACAUGACCGGACCCGUGGAGGACAACGCCAAGUGUUACCCCCCCCCCAGCGUCAGGGCCUGCGCUCACCGGCUGGAGUCGUCCGAUAACGUGAACAAGCUCCUCCUGGUGGACUACACGGGGAACCGGCUGGUGGCGUGCGGCUCCAUCUGGCAGGGGGUGUGUCAGUUCCUGCGACUGGAGGAUCUCUUCAAACUGGGCGAGCCGCAUCACCGCAAGGAGCACUACCUGUCUGGAGCCAGGGAGGCUGAUGGGAUGGCAGGUGUGGUUGUGGGAGAGGACGACUGGACAGCUGACCCCAAGAGGAAGAAGCCGGCGAAGGGCGGCAGCCGCCUCUUCAUCGGUGCCGCCAUCGACGGGAAGUCCGAGUACUUCCCCACGCUGUCCAGCAGGAAGCUGGUGGCGGACGAGGAGAGCGUCAACAUGUUCUCGCUGGUCUACCAGGACGAGUUUGUGUCGUCCCAGAUCAAGAUCCCGUCGGACACGCUGUCCCUCUACCCGGCCUUCGACAUCUACUACGUCUACGGCUUCUCCAGCCGCACCUACGUCUACUUCCUGACGCUGCAGCUGGACACGCAGCUGACGCAGAUGGACGCCGGCGGAGAGAAGUUCUUCACCUCUAAGAUCGUCAGGAUGUGUUCCAACGACACGGAGUUCUACUCGUACGUGGAGUUUCCUCUGGGCUGCACCAAGGACGGCGUGGAGUACCGACUGGUCCAGGCCGCGUACAAGCAGAAGCCGGGGCGGCGGCUGGCCCAGGCGCUCGGCCUGUCGGAGGACGACGACGUCCUGUUUGUUGUCUUUUCUCAGGGUCAGAAGAAUCGCUCCAACCCGCCCAGAGAAACCGUCCUCUGCCUGUUCACCCUCCACAACAUCAACCUGGCCAUGAGGGAGAGGAUCCGCUCCUGCUACCGUGGAGAGGGACGCCUCUCCUUACCGUGGCUGCUCAACAAGGAGCUGCCCUGCAUCCACACGCCGAAGCAGAUCGGAGACGAUUUCUGUGGUCUGGUGUUGAACCAGCCGCUCGGAGGCCUCCGGGUCAUCGAGGGUCACCCGCUGUACGAGGACCGCACCGAGGGGAUGGGCGCCGUGGCGGCCUACACCUACGGAGAGCACACGGUGGUGUUCGUGGGGACCCGGAGCGGACAGCUGAAGAAGAUCCGUGUGGACGGGACCUCGGCGCCGGCCCAGAAUGCACUGCUGUACGAGACGGUGACGGUGGUGGAGGGGAAACCGAUCCUGAGGGACAUGGUGUUCAGUCCAGACCAUCAGUACAUCUACGUGCUGAGUGACAGACAGGUGAGCCGGCUGCCGGUGGAGAGCUGUGAUCAGUACAGCAGCUGUUCAACCUGUCUGGGGUCAGGUGACCCUCACUGUGGCUGGUGUGUCCUCUUCAACAAGUGUUCCACUCAGGAAGCAUGUGACAAGUGGGAGGAGCCUCAACACUUCAACACCCGACUGGACCAGUGUGUCGACAUCUCUGUUAGCCCAAGCAACAUGUCAGUCACCUCACCGGCAACACAGCUAACCAUCCGGGUGCAGAACGUCCCGGCGCUGUCCGGUGGCGUCUCCUGUGUGUUUGAGGACCUGAGUGAAAGCCCCGGCGAGGUGCAGGUCAAAGGUCAGGUGAUGUGUUUGUCUCCUUCGCUGAGGGACCUGCCGACACACACACACACAUACGGGGAGAAGCGUGUGGUGCAGCUCAGUCUCCGCUCCACAGAGACGGGACAUCACUUCAUCUCCACCAGCUUCAUCUACUACAACUGCUCUGUGCUCAACUCGUGUACCUCCUGUGUCAGCAGCAUGUUUCCAUGUCAUUGGUGUAAAUAUCGUCACAUCUGCACCAACAACCUGCAGGAAUGUUCUUUCCAGGAGGGACGAGUCAGCAACAUGGAGGGCUGUCCUCAGAUCCUCCCCACCUCUGACAUCCUGGUUCCAGCCGGCCUGGUUCGUCCAAUCACGUUGCGAGCUCGUAACCUCCCUCAGCCGCAGUCGGGUCAGAAGAACUACGAGUGUGUGUUCAACAUCCAGGGCAAAGUUCAACGAAUCCCGGCCGUCCGCUUCAACUCCUCCUGCAUCCAGUGUCAGAACACCUCGUACUGGUACGAGGGCGACGAGGCCGGCGACCUCCCGGUGGAUUUCUCCAUCGUGUGGGACGGAGACUUCUUCAUCGACAAACCUGCGUCCAUGAAAGCGUUGUUGUAUAAGUGCGAGGCUCAGCGCUCCAGCUGUGGUCAGUGUCUCAAAGCCCCCGCCCCCUUCGAGUGCGGCUGGUGCACCGAGACCAGGAAGUGUCUGCUGCACCAGCACUGCCCCGCCCCCGAGCAGAACUGGAUGCACCACGGGCGACAAAACCUGCGCUGCAGCCACCCACGCAUCAGCAAGAUCGACCCUCUGACCGGGCCUCGUGAGGGCGGGACCCGGGUGACCAUCGAGGGGGAGAACCUGGGUCUGCAGGUGAAGGAGAUCGCUCACGUUCAGGUGGCCGGAGUCCGCUGUAACCCCGUGCCCUCGCAGUACAUCAGCGCCGAGAGGAUCGUGUGCGACAUGGCCGAAGCUCUCCUCCCUCACUCUCCAGGCGGACCUGUCGAGCUCUGCAUUGGCGUCUGCAGCGCCGAGUAUCGAACCCUCUCCACGCAGACGUACUCCUUCGUGAGCCCCAGCUUCAGUCGUGUGCGUCCAGAGAAGGGUCCCGUGUCCGGAGGAACCAGACUGACGGUGACCGGCCGACACCUGGACGCCGGCAGCAGCGUCACCAUCUACAUCGACAAGGAGGAGUGUCUGUUUGUCAAACGGACCAACCGGGAAAUAAUCUGCAUAACUCCCGCCUCUCCGUCCGGCACUGGUCCCGCCCCCAUCCGUCUGAUGAUUGACAAGGCCGAGGUGACGAGCUCAGAGACCAAGUACAUCUUCACUGAGGACCCGACCAUCACCGGCAUCGAACCCAGCUGGACCAUCCUCAAUGGCAGUACAGUGAUCACAGUAACAGGAACAAACCUGCUGACGAUCCAGGAACCAAAAGUCAGAGCAAAGUACGGAGGAGUGGAAACGAAUAAUUUCUGUACGGUGGUCAAUGACAGCACCAUGACGUGUUUGGCUCCAGGUCUGAUUUACACUAAGCCCAACCCACCAGAGGGGCCGCUGCAGCCCGACGAGUUUGGCUUCAUCUUUGACCAGGUCUCGGCUCUGCUGGUGCUGAACUCCACCCCCUUCACACACUACCCCAACCCGACCUUCGACCCCCUGGGGAGCUCUGGGAUCCUGGAGGUCAAACCGGGGUCACCCAUCAUCCUCAAGGGUAAGAACCUGAUCCCGCCCGCCCCAGGUAACAGCCGUCUGAACUACACGGUGCUGAUUGGAGAGUCUCCCUGCCUGUUGACCGUGUCAGAGAACCAGCUGCUCUGCGAUUCGCCAGAUCUCACCGGAGAACAUCGAGUCGUGAUCCUGGUCGGGGGUCUGGAAUAUUCCCCGGGAACGCUCCACAUCUACUCCGACAGCGCCCUGACGCUUCCUGCCAUCAUCGGCAUCGGAGCGGGUGGCGGCGUGCUGCUCAUUGCGAUCAUCGCUGUGCUGAUCGCCUACAAGAGGAAGACUCGCGACGCAGACCGGACCCUGAAACGCCUCCAGCUGCAGAUGGACAACCUGGAGAGCCGGGUGGCGCUAGAGUGCAAGGAGGCCUUCGCAGAGCUGCAGACCGACAUCCAGGAACUGACCAACGACAUGGACGGAGUCAAGAUCCCUUUCCUGGAGUAUCGAACCUACACCAUGAGAGUGAUGUUCCCUGGGAUAGAAGAACACCCGGUGCUCAAAGAGCUCGACUCUCCGGCGAACGUGGAGAAAUCUCUGCGUCUCUUCAGUCAGCUGCUCAACAACAAGAUGUUCCUGUUGACCUUCAUCCACACGCUGGAGGCCCAGAGGUCGUUCUCCAUGAGAGACCGGGGGAACGUGGCCUCGCUGCUGAUGGCCGCUCUGCAGGGCCGUAUGGAAUAUGCCACCGGGGUGUUAAAGCAGCUUCUCGCCGACCUGAUCGAGAAAAACCUGGAGAACAAGAACCAUCCCAAACUGCUGCUGAGGAGGACAGAGUCAGUCGCUGAGAAGAUGUUGACAAACUGGUUCACCUUCCUGCUGCAUCGAUUCCUCAAGGAGUGCGCUGGCGAGCCGCUCUUCAUGCUGUACUGCGCCAUCAAGCAGCAGAUGGAGAAAGGGCCGAUCGACGCCAUCACGGGAGAAGCUCGCUACUCUCUGAGCGAGGACAAGCUGAUCAGACAGCAGAUCGACUACAAGCAACUGACCCUGAUGUGUAUCCCUCCGGAGGGCGAGGCGGGGACGGAGGUGCCGGUGAAGGUGUUGAACUGUGACACGGUGACUCAGGUCAAAGACAAACUGCUGGACGCCGUCUACAAAGGAAUCCCGUUCUCCCAGAGACAGCAGGCGGACGACAUGGACCUCGAGUGGCGUCAGGGUCGACUGACACGCAUCAUCCUGCAGGACGAAGACGUCACAACGAAGAUAGAGAGCGACUGGAAGAGACUGAACACACUGGCACACUACCAGGUAACAGACGGCUCGUUGGUGGCGCUGGUCCAGAAACAGGUUUCAGCGUACAACAUCGCCAACUCCUUCACCUUCACCAGGUCCCUGAGCAGAUACGAGUCGUUACUCCGGACGUCCAGUAGUCCCGACAGUCUGAGAUCCAGAGCUCCCAUGAUCACCCCGGACCAGGAGACAGGAACUAAACUGUGGCAUCUGGUGAAGAAUCACGAGCACAGCGACCAGAGAGAAGGAGACAGAGGCAGCAAGAUGGUUUCUGAGAUCUACCUGACCAGGCUGCUGGCAACAAAGGGGACGCUGCAGAAGUUUGUGGACGACCUGUUUGAGACGGUGUUCAGCACGGCGCACCGCGGCUCUGCUCUCCCAUUGGCUAUCAAGUACAUGUUUGACUUCCUGGACGAGCAGGCCGACAAACGACAGAUCACCGACCCGGACGUGCGACACACCUGGAAGAGCAACUGCCUUCCUCUCAGGUUCUGGGUCAACGUCAUCAAGAAUCCUCAGUUUGUGUUCGACAUCCACAAGAGCAGCAUCACGGACGCCUGCCUGUCGGUCGUGGCUCAGACCUUCAUGGACUCCUGCUCCACGUCCGAACACCGACUCGGCAAAGACUCGCCGUCCAACAAGCUGCUCUACGCUAAAGACAUCCCCAACUACAAGAGCUGGGUGGAGAGGUACUACAGGGACAUCUCGAAGAUGCCCAGCAUCAGCGAUCAGGACAUGGACGCGUACCUGGUGGAACAGUCCCGUCUACACGGAAACGAGUUCAACACACUGAGUGCGCUCAGUGAGCUUUACUUCUACAUCAACAAGUACAAGGAGGAGAUCCUGACGGCGUUGGACCGGGACGGUUACUGUCGCAAACACAAACUGAGGCACAAACUGGAGCAAGCCAUCAAUCUGAUGUCCGGGAGCAGCUGAGAGGAGGAGAUGGACGAAUGGGCCGAUGGACAGAUGGACCGAUGGGGGGGUGGGGGAGGACGAAUCGGGAGGGGGACGUUUGGAGCAUUUUGUUUUUCUGAACUGUCUGAGCAGUCAGCUGAGCGGCUCCGUGUUGGAUUGAACUGACGGCCACAGCUCCGGUCCGCAGCAAUCAAUCCAUCAGUAAUUUAUUUGUCAAUGGACUGAUUGGUUGAUUUGACGGUUCACUGGCUGGCCGGGACCCAACUACCUCCGAUUGGUGGGUUUUGGGGCAGAAAAUGCGUCUCCAAACCGAUUUGGAUAAAUUCACAACAUGACUUCUAUGUGGGAUCGGAUGGAGUCAUCUUGUGGAAACAAAGAAACCUUGAUGCGUCACUUGGUUUGGAUUUAAAUCUGCUGAAGAUGUGAGACGUGACUGUGGAAAAGCCUGGACACUGGAGACUGAGGCAGGUUUCACCCAACGAGGAAUGUGAUGUCAGGACUAAUGGACUUCAGGAUUCCAAACUUGGUUUGGAACUGUCUGGAUGCUUGGUUGAAGAGCAAAAGGUCAAGUCAACUUUCUGUCAAAGCUUCAAACUUCACCUUCAAAUACUUGGUCUGUUCUACAGAUGAAGACGUGAUGUUACCUUAGAGAUGUCAUCACAAGUCUAACGAAUCCAGGCUAAAUAUCCAAAGUUCCAUCAAAGGCUGAGAGCAGAAGUUGGGGGGUUCUUACUGAUGUCCUUACUUUGGACUCUCGUGAAAUCGUGCUCCUGUGAGAAGAUCAGGUCGAGUUCUGAGGAAGGAAGCUUCAGAAUCUAGUCCUCGUUGGAAUAUCGGACCCAACCUGGAACUUGCUUGAGGAGGAUUUGUAAAGUUGUUUUAAGCUUUAAUGGCGGAGAAGGAAGCAAACUGAUGUGGACGUGACCGAACCCUCGAGCUGCUGCUCAGACUCAGAAGACGUGGAACAGGAUUCAUCUUCUCAGAUCUUUGAGUCGACCUUGGGCUGUUCGGCCAAACCUUUUCAGGUUCUAGAAGUUUCUAAGUUUUAAAUAACCACUCAAUGUUGUUUCUCUGGACAAUCACUCUGUACCACAGCACACUGAGCCCGAUGCCUACCGACCGACCAGUACCUGUGUCCAUUAACACCUCCUCCUCUCCCAUCUUCUUCUUUUCCUCUCCAUCCAUCCUCCACUCCGGAGAUUUCACCUCCUAUUACUGCUCAACUUCACCUCCUUCUCUAUCUUCCCUUUCUUUGUUUAUUUUCCACCCCACCUCUUUUUAUUUAACCCCCCCC